AAUGCGUCCCAAACAUCCGGCAACAACACCGGAAUUAAAAUGGAAAGAUUAUUACUUUUUUUUUUUAUUAUUAUCUUGAGUGAACGUUCUUCAUUGUAAAUACAUCAGUCGAUCGUUUAUUCAUAGUAACUGUGACGAAGUGAACACAUGAUGUCGGGAAAAGGACGUUCUGCGACGGGAUCUGAUCGGUUUGAAUACCUGCAGACACUUGUCACGGAGUUUCAGGACACUGACAGUGAUGAGGCGAAAGAGCAAGUGUUGGCCAACUUGGCCAACUUUGCCUACGAUCCGAGGAACCUGGAGGACCUGAGAACCCUUCAGGUUAUUGAACUCUUCUUGGACAUGCUCACAGAGGAAAAUGAGAACUUUGUGGAGUUUGGGAUAGGCGGUCUAUGUAACCUGAGUAUGGAUCGGGAAUGCCGUGACCAGAUCCUGCAGAGCGAAGCUAUCCCCCUGGUUACGGGAUGCCUGUCCAGCCGGCGAGAGGAGACGGUGCUGUCUGCCAUCACCACGCUUAUGAAUCUCACCACUGCUGCAUCACGCUCCCAAACCACCGACACCGCAGUGCUACAGUGCAUGCUGCGCUUCUCCAUCUCCCAGAGCCCACGCCUGCGUAACCUGGCCUCUGUGUUCCUCCAGGACUGCUGCACUGAGGAGCAGGUGGCCAGGGCAGAGGCACAGAUGCAGGGACACCAUCCUACAGCACUGGGGAUCCCCCUGCCUAAGGACUAGGCUAGUCUGGAGACAUGAUCGCUAGAUCUGAUGUCUGAUCUCUGAGAAAUACACUGAGUGUACAAAACAUGAAGAACACCUGCUCUUUCCAUGGCAUAGACUGACCAGGUGAAUCCAGG